UCAUCUAUUGACUCAUCACACUGACCAGUAACAAAGACUGCGAUUCGAAGAUAAUUAUUUUAUUAAGAUUUAUGGAAUCACAUUGAGUUGUUAGUUUUGUGAUGAACCUCUGAAAUUAAUUAUAAUUACUAAUAGACUAUUUAAAUUGUUUUGAGAGAUAGAGUGAAUUUACGUGGUUACUAUGGUUAAAUUACUGUUACUACUAUUCAUCAUCACGAUAUUUGGUCAUUUUGGUGCGAAUGAACUACUAUUGCAGUCACUACCUGACGAACGUACUCUAUAUGGAUGGCAUGUUGAAGUGUUACGAAACGGAACAUGGACUAAUUAUUGUCAUGGUCUGUUUAUUGGGCCAAAAGUUUUUCUUACUCAUUCAGACUGUGUGAACAGCAUUCAUAAGAACGAUUCAGUUAAUGUAGUUAAUUAUUCAUUCAAAUCGCCAUCAUUAAGAACGAAACUUACGGUUAAUCACAAAGAUAUAUAUUUCGGUGAAUAUAUGAGCAGCAAUUACAGUAAAUCUGAUCGACAAUUUGCAUUAUUGAUAACUAAUGAACAAGUUCUUCCCAAAUCUCAUUACAUUGGAAAGUCGUUCGUAAAAUUGGCUUCAGACAUCACUUACGUAGACUUCAAAAGAUGUUUCAUGCCAAAAUUACAUCCUCCGAUACUUAUUAAUAUACCUUGCAAAUUGUCAAGCUCGGCUGAUCUUCACAAGAAAUCUUUCAAGUGCUCUUAUGACAAGCGUUAUGAUUUGUGGCAAGAAAACAGUUUGUUUUGUCGUUACAAAAAAUCCACUCAAUCAAUGGUUCUGGUUGGGUUCGCAGAAUACGAAAACACUGACUACAAUAAUAAAACAAUUGUUAAUCUGUCAGGAUUAGAUAUUGUAUUAAUAAACAAUAACUACGAAAAAUUUAAUCACAAUCGCAAAUUUAAAAAAUUUCACUAAAGCAAGAAC